AUGCUUGCUGAGCUGCUGUUGCUCCAGACCACUCUCCUGACCACGAUCUUGGGCGAUUUCAUCAGCAUCAAUGUGGAGAUUACAGGACCUGAGAAGAAAGGGAUUUAUAAAGGAGACCAAGAAUCCAGUGGGAAAUACACAUUUGCUGCUCACAUGGAUGGAACACAUACAGUUUGUUUUAGUAACCGAGUGUCCACCAUAACUCCAAAGAUAGUGAUAUUCACCACUGAUAUUGGGGAGGCCCCAAAAGGAGAAGACAUGGAAACAGAAGCUCACCAGAACAAGCUAGAAGAAAUGAUCAGUGAACUGGCUGUGGCCAUGACAGCUUUACAGCAUGAAGAGGAAUACACGAAAGUCUGGGAGAGGAUACACAGAGACAUCAGCGACAACACAAACAGCCCAGUGGUCCUUCGGUCCUUCUUUGAAGCUCUUGUUCUAAUCACCAUGACAUUGGGACACAUCUACUCCUGA